GCGUCGCGUCAGGGCUGGCCGGUGGCGGAGGAGGCGAUGGCAGCGGACACGGAGCGGGCUUGAGGGCUCGGACCUGCUCCCUCCCGCGCGACCUCGGGCCCGACCCCGCGCUGCGGCCCCAGCUCGCUCCGCUCCGCUCCUGCUCCCUCCCCGACCGCUGCCUGGGAGGAGGCGGAGGCGGAGUCCCGGGCUGGCCGUCCUGUUCGCGCCCCGGCUCGGCCCCGGACAGCCCGGCAACUGUGCAAAGAGGAGGCCGAGUCGGUAGUGAAAAGAGAACCCCGAAGAACAGGAUCUCAAGAUGAGUAAAAAGCCCCCAAAUCGUCCUGGAAUCACUUUUGAGAUUGGUGCUCGUUUGGAGGCACUGGACUACUUACAAAAAUGGUAUCCAUCACGAAUUGAAAAAAUUGACUACGAGGAGGGCAAGAUGUUGGUCCAUUUUGAGCGCUGGAGUCAUCGUUAUGAUGAGUGGAUUUACUGGGAUAGCAAUAGAUUGAGACCCCUUGAGAGACCUGCAUUAAGAAAAGAAGGGCUAAAAGACGAGGAAGACUUCUUUGAUUUUAAAGCCGGAGAAGAAGUUCUGGCUCGUUGGACAGACUGUCGCUAUUACCCUGCCAAGAUUGAGGCGAUUAACAAAGAAGGAACUUUCACAGUUCAGUUUUAUGAUGGAGUUAUUCGUUGUUUAAAGAGAAUGCACAUUAAAGCCAUGCCCGAGGAUGCUAAGGGGCAGUUUCUGUUCCAGGUGAAAUCCCAGCAUCCACUAAGCUGGUGUUGUCCUAUCGACCCAGCUGGAUCGUGUAACCAGUCUAUGGGAAGUGAGGAUUGGAUAGCUUUAGUCAAAGCAGCUGCUGCAGCUGCAGCCAAGAAUAAAACAGGGAACAAACCUCGGACUAGCGCUAACAGCAAUAAAGAUAAAGAGAAAGAUGAGAGAAAAUGGUUUAAAGUACCUUCAAAAAAGGAAGAAACUUCAGCUUCUAUAGCCACACCAGAAGUUGAGAAGAAGGAAGAUCUGCCCACAUCUAGUGAAACAUUUGUAGGACUUCAUGUAGAGAACGUUCCAAAGAUGGUCUUUCCACAGCCAGAGAGCACAUUAUCAAACAAGAGGAAAAAUAAUCAAGGCAACUCAUUUCAGGCAAAGAGAGCUCGACUUAACAAGAUUACUGGUUUGUUGGCAUCCAAAGCUGUUGGGGUGGAUGGUGCUGAAAAAAAGGAAGACUACAGUGAAACGGCUCCAAUGCUGGAGCAGGCGAUUUCACCUAAACCUCAAAGUCAGAAAAAAAAUGAAGCUGACAUUAGCAGUUCUGCCAACACUCAGAAACCUGCACUGUUAUCCUCAACUUUGUCUUCAGGGAAGGCUCGCAGCAAGAAAUGCAAACAUGAAUCUGGAGAUUCUUCUGGGUGUAUAAAACCCCCUAAAUCACCACUUUCCCCAGAAUUAAUACAAGUCGAGGAUUUGACGCUUGUAUCUCAGCUUUCUUCUUCAAUGAUAAAUAAAACUAGUCCUCCACAGCCUGUGAACCCCCCUAGACCUUUCAAGCAUAGUGAGCGGAGAAGAAGAUCUCAGCGUUUAGCCACCUUGCCCAUGCCUGAUGAUUCUGUAGAAAAGGUUUCUCCUCCCUCUCCAGCCACUGAUGGGAAAGUAUUCUCCAUCAGUUCUCAAAAUCAGCAAGAGUCUUCAGUACCAGAGGUGCCUGAUGUUGCACAUUUGUCACUUGAGAAACUGGGACCCUGUCUCCCUCUUGACUUAAGUCGUGGUUCGGAAGUUACAGCACCGCUAGUCCCAGAUCCCUCUUACCAUAAUGAAUGCCCCAGGGCAGAAAAGGAAGAUACACAGAUGCUUACAAAUCUUUCUUCCAAAGCAGUAACUGAUGGACGAGGAGCUCCAACAGCAUCAGGAAUAUCGAAAACAGAAAAAAAAGUGAAAUUGGAAGAAAAAAGCUCAACUACAUUUGGUAAGAGAAAAGAAAAGGAUAAAGAAAGAAAAGAGAAGAGGGACAAAGAUCACUACAAACCAAAGCAGAAGAAGAAGAAGAAAAAGAAAAAGAAAUCUAAGCAGCAUGACUAUUCAGACUAUGAAGACAGUUCCCUAGAAUUUUUGGAAAGGUGCUCUUCUCCACUAACUCGAUCUUCUGGGAGUUCUCUGGCUCUACGAAGCAUGUUUACGGAGAAAAAUACAACAUAUCAGUACCCAAGGGCAAUUUUGUCAGUUGAUCUUAGUGGUGAAAACUUAUCGGAUGUGGAUUUCCUAGAUGAUUCUUCAACGGAGAGUUUGCUCCUCAGUGGGGAUGAGUACAAUCAGGACUUUGAUUCAACCAAUUUUGAGGAAUCUCAAGAUGAAGAUGAUGCGCUUAAUGAAAUUGUGCGAUGCAUUUGUGAGAUGGACGAGGAGAAUGGCUUCAUGAUUCAGUGUGAAGAGUGCCUGUGCUGGCAGCACAGCGUGUGCAUGGGGCUGCUGGAGGAGAGCAUCCCGGAGCAGUACCUCUGCUACAUCUGCCGGGACCCUCCAGGUCAGAGAUGGAGCGCAAAAUAUCGUUAUGAUAAGGAUUGGUUGAAUAAUGGGAGAAUGUGCGGGUUAUCAUUUUUAAAAGAAAACUACUCUCAUCUCAAUGCCAAAAAGAUAGUUUCCACACACCACCUGCUUGCUGAUGUCUAUGGUGUUACGAAAGUCCUGCAUGGGUUACAGCUGAAGAUCGGAAUCCUAAAGAAUAAACAUCAUCCUGACCUUCGUCUCUGGGCUUGUUCUGGGAAGAGGAAAGAUCAAGUAAUUGCUGGGGUAGAAAAAAAACUAAUGGUGCAAGACACAGUUAAUGUGGAAGAAAAGAAGUAUCAUGUACAGAACCAUAAAGAACCACCUCGUUUGCCCCUAAAAGUGGAGGGAACGUAUAUAACAAGUGAACACAGCUACCAAAAGCCACAAAGUUUUGGUCAGGACUGCAAAACUCUCGCAGACCCUGGGAGCUCAGAUGAUGAUGAUAUUAGUAGUUUUGAAGAAGAACAGGAAUUUCACAUGAGAGAUAAAAACCGUUUACAAUACCCAGUAAAAGAAGAUGGAAUGGCCGGAAAGAAGAAUUCAGCUGAAAGGAAUACAGUAUUUGUUUAUAAUGAUAAAAAGGGCACUGAAGACCCGGGAGACUCACAUCUUCAGUGGCAACUCAAUCUCCUUACACACAUAGAGAAUGUGCAGAAUGAAGUCACCAGCAGGAUGGACCUGAUAGAAAAAGAAGUUGAUGUUCUGGAAAGCUGGCUUGAUUUCACAGGGGAGUUGGAGCCACCUGAUCCUCUCGCGAGGCUGCCCCAACUUAAACGCCACAUCAAGCAGCUCCUAAUUGACAUGGGCAAAGUACAACAAAUAGCAACUCUCUGCUCUGUAUGACAGCAGUGAACACCUAAUGCAAAGAAUGUGGCUCUGUUCAGUCGACUAAUUUUUAUUAUCCACACGGCUGCUAAGUGGAUGGUUAAAAAACUUAGUGAUGUUUGGUCAUUUACUGAUUUGUGACAUCAAUAGGAUGGCACCUUGGAAAGGAAAAUGAAGAACAACUUUAUCAAGGAAGCUAAUAUUAAAAAAAUUUAUGAGCUAGAUACAAAUGAUAACGUGUCAUAUUCCAAGCAUCAGUGGAGGUAGAAUAUAAUCUGUGCUAAGGGAAUCAGAUUGGCAGGAUUUUUGAAAAGUUGCUAACGUGAAGCUCGAGAUACCUGUAGAAAGAAAUAUGGUGUAUUACAUAGUUUUUAGUAGAAAGAUCUAUGUUUAUAAACCAACAUUUGGCCCAAAGCAAAAUUGUAGAGGAAAUUUAAAUUCUGGAGAGUUCUAUAAGCUUGUUGUAAGAACUGUCUUCUCUGCAGUUGAUCUAGCUGCACCGAAGUUUAGAGUAUUGAAACUUUUAUAGGAUCAUGAGCUGUUUCUUAGGUGAUGAAUGUCCUUAAUCAGAAAACUGACAGUAGAAGUCUCACUUCUGAGGAGAACAUUUGUGGAAUUCUUACUUCAUUAUGAACAUAUUUUAAAAACAAACAACAAAAUAAUUGGAGUUUAUUGCUGGCAUUAAGCUCACUGUAAAAAACAGAAUGGCUCGCAGAAGGGUCAGUGUGCCAAAUGAUGAUGAUACUGCUGGAAAGAGAAAUUUAAAUCCUGUGGGAGUUCUCUCACCCAAGUCUUACAUAAUGCCAUCAGCCCAUGAGAAACGCAUAUAUCACAUAUACUAUAUAGAGAAUAUAUAUAGUCAAAUUUCAGUAUUCAGGUUUCAAUGUACAGUUUGAUCCUGAGUAUGCUUGGAUUUGCCUUCAGAAAAAAAGAAGUUGUAAAUAACCUCAGCUGGGAUGAGGAGUGACAAAAAUAUCAAAAUAAUUUGUGGCUGUGGAUUUUUUAACUGCUGGUAGUGGAAUACUGGAAAAGCUUCAUUUCUGAAGAUGAAUUUUAUUUUUAAAAAAUACAUACGCACUCAAAACUCUUAGCUUUGAUCACAAAUGGACAGAUUUCUGAAACCAAAGGCAACUCAGUUGCUGUGUCAGCUCUUGCUGGAUUUCGAGCCCAGGUCCUCCCGUCUGCCAGUGCUCUUGUGAGUUGUGUGCUGCCCCCAGUGCUCUGCGUGCAGGUAUGCGUUAAGUGUGUGUGCUUGUUUGAAACAAACACUCAACGUACAUAUGUACAUAAUCUACACAUAUUUAUAUCUACACAUAUCUAGUUUUAUUACUAUAGACUAUAAGAAUUGGUGGUUAACAUGAAAUGUUACCUUUUAACAGACUGUUUUUAAAAAUUAAAAAUGUAUGUACAGGUUUUGAAACUUUUUUAAAAAGAGGAAAAAAGACUGUUAGGAGGCUAUUUGAUGACAUAUAACACUUGAAUAUUUUAUGCCUCGUUCUGUUGAUCAGUUCUAGCAAUCUGUAUAAAUGCAUUUUAGAACUGAUGGACAGUAAACUUGAAUUUAUCUUUGAUAAGAAUACAUGCCACUGUACAUUCAGAUAUUAUUUAAAUUUGCAAACACACUGUUCUAUAUGUAAGGUACUGUAUGUAAAACUCUUUAUUAAAACAAUUCCACAUAUCAUAAAAUUUCAGCUUGCCUUUUUGCAGCCUUAUAUUUUGAUGUAAAGAUGAUUAAAAGAAUGUGCAAAACAGUCAUUAGACAUUUUUAUUGCCUUUUGACAUUCUCCAACUUGACAAAUGUGCCAAAGAUCACAGACAUAAAAUGCAGCCCUGUGUAUUUACUUAUGAUACAUUAACUUUGUCAAAAAUCUUACUGAGAAAUGAAAAGCUUUAGUAGAGGGAUAUGAGGUAGUUAUUAAAUUUGCAUAUUAAAGUAAAAAUAAUAGUGCCUAUAUUUCAUGUGUGGAGUAAAUUUGCUAAUGUCUGUAUUUCAAGAUUGAUACUUUGUCUUUCAUUUGUGUUUUAAAAAAAUGGCUCUAAUCUUUUCCCUAUUAUGGUUAAAUUCUAGCCAUUUAAUUUAUAUCUUUUUUUUCAGAAUGGAGCAAGUAGCAUCCUUAGGCUGUGAAUAGCGGUGUUGCCUAGAUUCUUGUCACAUGCACAGAGGACCCUUUGUACCCAGUGACACUCAUAUUCUUAAUCCCUGAUGACCACAGUUAAGUUAAUGUGCAUUUUUUCUUGGAGUAUCUUAAAAUUAGAUCACUUUAUUUGUUAGCAGCCAGCAAACUAGAAGUUCAACUAAUAAUUAGAAUAUUGAAUUUUUGCUCUGCUUUUAUGCAUAUGAAUUGGGAGUCUGAAUUUUUACUUUACAUUUUUAAAGUAAAUCUGUAUCAAAUUACUUGUACGCACAUACCCACUUAAUAUAGAGUAUAUCAACAAUUGGUUGAAGCCUUUUAGCAACUAGCAGGCCGAGUCAUUCCUUAUUUAGGAAAGUGAAUUCAUUUUUGAGAAGUAAGUCUAUUGUGUGAGGUUUCAGAUGAGUUUUCUUUCCACUUAGUCUUACUUUAAAAAUGUGAGUAUAUAUAUUUAAAUAUGAGCAAUAAACUAGAGAGGGUGUUUCUUGAAAAGAUAACUGUUCAUUGCUACCCAGACAGAAUAGACUGACAUUGGUGGGGAAGGAUCCUUCUUAGUAUGGUACUGAUAAGUAUAAUUUGUACUUCUUCAUACUCCUGUGUGUUUCUACUGACUUAUUAUUUUCAAACUUAAGAGUAGUGCACGCUUUCCUUAAAGGAAAUUGAUUAUUCUCAUAAUUUCAGGUAAAAUCCUUUUUCCUAACACUCACCUUAUUUCCACUGACUUAUGUCCUCUCAGGUGUUCAUAUUCUGUAUGUUCAAAAUGAAGGAGCCCAUUUCCCCUCCAGCCAACUGGGUCUCCUGCCAGCUUCACUCUCUCUGCUGUAAUAUCACCACCCUAAGAGCCCCGGCUUGAAACUUGCAGUCCCUCCCCCUUAUCCAUUUCUUCACUAGAUGUGCUGGUUCCUCAAAAUGGAUGGUGUCAUCUUCCUCCUUCUCAAUCCCACCAGUAGUACAGUGUUUUUUAUAAAAUCACGUCAUGGAGGUAUUACUGUGGGCUUCUGAAAUUUUAAUUUUGUCUUCAUUCUGAUUCAUCAGAAUGGUCACUGUCAAGCUAGGGGAUUAACACUGAGUGACUCCUCUGUGCCAGGUAUUGUACCUGUUACCUGUAGCAUCUACUUUAGUUCUUUUGUGGAGAGGUAAGACAGGAUCAUUUUUAAGAUGGGGAAGCUGAGGUUUAGAAACAUUUAGAGACUUGACUUGUCAUAGGUUAGUGGCAGGUUCAAGACGCAAACCCUGUGCUCUUCAAACUCAUGUUCUUUUCCUAGCAGGUGUGUUUCACCUAUUCUUGUCAUUUCUGUUUUCUGAUAUCAUUAGUGACUCCCUAUUUCAAACCAAGUCAGGUCUGUGUAAUCUGGAUCUUUUGUAUUUUACCUAACCAAUUCUCAAAUCCAUUUAAAUAUAGCCUCACUGUUUAGAUAGACUAUGCUUGUUUCCAUCUCUUGCCUUCAUAUUAUUUUCCUCUUCUGGAAAAUUCUCCUUUGUUUGUUGUGUCUCUAUAAAUGCAGACAAUCCUUCAGGUUUCAAUUUCUCUUCCUAAGAGAAGCAGUCCAUUGUUGAAGGCCUCUUAUAGUAUCCUGCAUUGUACUGACGUGCAGGAACCACGUCAGUGAAUAAUAUAUUUCCUGUAGUGGAACAGGCAUGAGCGGUUUGGGGGACAUAGAAUAUAUAUGUUAAUUAAAGUGGUGGUCUUUGAAUGUUUUUUGGCUGUGACCUCUCUGUGGGAAUUUUGAAAAAUUGUAAUUCAUUUCUGGUACCUGGAGAUCUGGAGACAAGACUUAAGUGUAUUUCGUUUAUUUAAGGGGUCAUCUAAGGAAGUUGGAGUGAGGAAGAGGGAAAAGUAGGGAAGGGGAGGAAAAAGCCAAGGUAAAUACACACAGUUGAGAACAGUGCUAUGGGCAGUGGGGCUUUGAUUCUGCCAUUUGAAAUUGUUCAUCAUAAAUUUAAACAGUUGCAAAGAGUGUGAUUUCUGAUUUGUAAAUAUUGGCCUAUUAAAAUCAACCUGUUAUCAUUUUAAAAUGUAUGCAAUAGAAUCAGUACAA